AAGAUGAACUCCCUGCAGGUGGUCUCCCUGACUCUGCUGCUUGCUGCUGCAGCCAGCGCUCAGGGCUUGAAGCUCGGCAAAUGUCCACAACCUGCAGUUCAGGCCAACUUCGAUGCUGCCAGGUACCUCGGGAAGUGGUAUGGGAUCCAGAAGCUGCCCACGACCUUCCAGAAAGGCCAGUGCAGCACUGCCGUCUACACCCUGAAGAGUCCCGGAGUCAUCGGGGUCCUGAACAGUGAGCUGCGUGAUGAUGGAACCAUCAGUUCCACUGAGGGCACCGCUACAGUCAAGGACCCUGCUGAGCCCGCCAAGCUGGAGGUCUCCUUCUCCAAAGACUCUCCUCCUGGUCCCUACUGGGUCCUGUCCACUGACUACCAGGGCCACACUCUGGUCUACAGCUGCAGAGAGGUGGGUCUGUUCCACAGGGAGCUGGCCUGGAUCAUGAGCAGGGAGCCCACCCUGCCUGAGGCGACUGUCCAGGAGCUGCGCAGCAUCCUGUCCUCUGUGGGAGUCCACGUCGACAAGUUGGUCCCCACCAACCAGGACGAGACGUACUGCGCCCCCAUGAGCCAGUGA